AUGGCGUCUUUCGCUGAAGAGAAGGGUAACGUCACUACCUUGGAACGCAUUGAGUCCGACACAACCGCCAGCGAUGCCGCCAUUACUCGCUUUACACCUGAGGAGCAGAAGAAGAUCGUCCGCAAGGUUGAUCUACGACUCAUCCCAACACUCGGAUGCAUGUACUGUGUCUCGCUCAUGGAUCGGACCAAUCUUGGUGUCGCCAUGGUCGCAGGCAUGGGUGUCGAUUUGAAGCUUACUGGCGAGAGAUACAGCAUCAUCGUCUUGCUCUUCUUCAUCACUUACGUCGCACUCCAGCCACCGGCUACAGUUGUGCUAAGGAAGUUGGGUCCAAGACUCUUCCUCCCUGCUAUCGUCAUCAUCUGGGGAGCAGUAAUGAUCGGCUUUGGUUUCGUCAAGGAAUGGCAUACACUGAUCCCUCUUCGCCUCCUUCUCGGUAUCUUUGAAGCCGGUUUUUUCCCAGGUUCUGCAUACCUCCUCUCAUGCUGGUACAAGCGAUUCGAGCUCCAGAAGCGCAACACUGUCUUCUUCCUCAUUGGCAUGCUGUCGUCUGCCUUCUCAGGUAUUCUCGGCUACCUCUUCUCUCUGCUCAGCGGCCACGGCGUCCAAGCAGCAUACUGGCUUGGUCCGCACUACGGACCCACCAAGAAGGCACCCCUUACACCUGUCAGUUACGGACCAGGUCUCUCCGGAUGGAGAUGGAUAUUUAUCCUUCAAGGGGUUAUCACUGUAGUGAUUGGUAUUGUAGGAUGGUACUUCAUUGUCGACUUCCCCGAAAUGGCUGCCAAGCCAAGCAAGACCCAGAAGAAGUUCCUUAACCAGAAUGAGGUCGACUUCAUCGUUGCACGCAUCGAAGAGGACCGCCAUGACGUCGUCGCUGAGGCGUUCAACCUCAAGAGCUACCUUGCUGGAGCCAUGGAUCUUAAGGUCUGGGGCUUCGCAUUCAUCUUCAUGUUCACCACGACUAUCACCUACGCCAUCGCCUACUUCCUUCCCAUCAUCCUGAAAGACGGUAUGGGUUUCAGUCCCGCUGCUGCUAACUGUCUUAUCGCACCACCUUACGUCUUCGCCGGUUUCGUCAUGCUUGGUUUCGCCUGGGCAGGAGACAAGUACCACAUUCGCAGUCCAUGGGUCAUCGCCAACGGUGUCCUCGCUCUCAUCGGCCUACCCAUGAUCGGUUUCAGUACCAAUGUAGGCGUCCGAUACUUCGGCGUCUUCCUCGCUACCGCCGCUGCAAACGCAAACGUUCCCUGCAUCCUCACCUGGCAAGCAAACAACAUCCGUGGACAAUGGAAGCGUGCUCUCUGCAGCGCUACUCUGGUCGGUGCAGGAGGCGUUGGUGGUAUCAUUGGCGGCACUGUCUUCAGGACUCAAGACGCACCGUCCUAUGUACCUGGUAUCGUUGCGUGUAUGAUCGCUUCAGGCAUGAUUGUCAUCAUCUCGCUGUUGCUGAACUUGAAGUUCUGGAUGGCCAACAAGCGGGCUGCGAACGGCGGCAAGAUUAUCGAGGGGCUUGAGGGAUUCAGAUAUACAUUGUAG